AUGGGUAAGAAAAUGGAUGCAAGAUUUUACAUCAAAAAUGAUUCAAAUACAAAUAAACCUCAGGGUGACAUGCUUGAAACUUAUAAUAAUUAUUUUCAGAAUAUGAAUAAUGAAAUGAAAAUGGUCAAAGAAUUAAUACUUGUAAUAAAGAAAGGAUAUAAUUAUGAUAGUAAUAAAGUGUUCGACAAACACCGUUAUUCCCACAUUGAUAAAAUCCAAGAUAGUGACACGAAUAAAAUUGAAAAUAAGCACAACUUUUGCAAGGACAAUUCCGAUGGGCUAACGCAAUCACUAAUUCUACAAGGCGGAAAAGUUGAAGAGAAAUUAGGGCGGCGCUUGAAGGACUGGGACUUUCCUCGCUUAAUACUUUUUCUAGCAAAAAAUAAAAAUGUCACUAAUUUGUGUUUAGCCAAUAAUGAAAUCACGAGUACCGGUCUCAUGAACUUGAUUGACCACUUGACAUUGAUCGAUAGUAAUCACAUAAUUGAACUAGACCUUCGUAAUAACGAAAUCAGUAACUUGCCACCAUUCAAUUACCUGGUUCACAAAGCAAGCCGAUUGUUGAAUUUACAAAUCUUCAGAUUAAGUGGAAAUAAUGUCGGGAUCGAUAAUUCUAAGAGGAUAGCUCAAAUGUUAAGCCAAAACAGAUCGAUUCAGCGACUUGAUUUGGCCCAGAUUGGACAAGAUGAAUCGAGCUUGGUUGCAUUUUUUCUCAUGCUCAGCAACAAUCGAAAGAAUCCCAAUACCACAAUAAAAAUAUUGGAUCUGAGUCGACCGGUACCACGAAGUAGUAUCUGGGUGCUUGAUACUUCAUUCAUUUCCGUUGAGUUAGGUCUUAUGCUUCGAUAUAAUCAAACUUUAGAAGAACUUCGUUUACAAAAGUUUAAUUUUUAUUGUCACGAUAUCGACGAGAUGCUUGAGAAUGCAUCGUACAACAAGACCCUGAAAUUACUCGAUUUAAACUGCAAUAAUAUCGGCGAUUUUGGGUUAGAAGUACUAUCUAAAUGGUUGAAAAAAGGAUCAGCUCUCGAAUCUCUCUCACUCUCGUGCAACAUUAUCACCGAUCAUGGCUUAAGAGCACUGCAUCACAAUAUUCCUUAUUCGAAGUUACGCGAGUUAGACUUGUCUUACAACUGUAUUGGUGAUGAAACUGCUGUUGAAUUAGUCAAAUAUUUAAGUCUUUCGUCAAUCUUAAGAAAAGUACGCAUCGCUGGAAACAAAUUAGGACCUCAAUUCAACAAGGUUCUACAAUAUAUGUAUUCAGAAAAACUACUUACUACCGAUAAUAUCGAUGUCAUUCCUCGUGAUUUUGACGAUGAUUUCUAA